AUGGAAGGAACGAAGUUAAAUGGAGAAAGUUUGAGCGACGACCCCAAGGACUUUGACGACAUUCUUGUACUGAUCGGGGAGUUUGGAACAUUUCAGAGAUUAAUUUACACUUUAGUGGCGUUAGCCUGUAUGUUGCACAGUGUCAUUUACGUUGCAGUUGUUUUUAUAGAGGAGACCCCUGGCCACAGAUGCAAAAUCCCUGGGCUUCUGAAUGAUACAAACAACGUUUCUAUACCGAAUGAAACUGGAGUGGCGACACAGCAGUGCACAUUUAUACAAAAUGUCAGCCACCAGGGGGACUACAGUCAAGACAAGACGGAACCGGAGCCAUGCACGGAAUGGGUGUUAGAUACAUCAACUGUAACAUAUUCUUACCCAGUGCAGUUUGGCCUCAUUUGUACCGAUUCUUUAAAACUGACUCAGUCUCACAUAAUGUUAAUCGCCGGGUCGAUCGUGGGUGCCCCAGUUUUUGGAUCCAUAUCUGAUAGUUUAGGCAGACGAUUUUCGUUGCUGCUUUCUCUGAGUCUUAGCAGUGUCCUGGGACUGGCGUGGGCACUGACACCCUCAUACCUAUGGGGCAUCAUAAUAAGGUUUGUCUACGGGUUGACGUCAGCGACAAUUAACAGUGUGGGAACUACGGCUGGCUUAGAAAUCGUAGGCCCUGAAAAGCGCAUGGUGGCUGGAACUGGUUUGGCUUAUGUGUAUGCAGCGGGCGGGGUGGUAGUAACGGGAAUGGCUUACUUCCUAAGAGACUGGCGCCAUCUACAGAUCACGAUAUCAGCGCUACUAUUUCUAUUGGCCUUUACUCUUUUUUGGUGCCUCCCGGAGUCGCCCAGGUGGUUACUUACCAAAGGCCGAAAGAAAAUUGCUGAGAAAAUAUUAAGACGAACUGCAAGAAUUAACGGCACCGAGUUCCCAGAAGGACUUGUAGAAAAGGUGGAAAUCAAGAAACCCCCAUCUACGAGUGCCAGAGCUCUAUGGAUCGUAAUCGACAUGGCGUACUAUGGUAUCUUCCUCCAUGCCGGAAACAUGUCAGGGAACCUGUACCUCAACGUGCUGUUUUACUCCCUGGUGGAGUUUCCAGCGUGUGCGCUAUGUUUUACCAUCGAUAAAUUCGGACGAAAGCGGCCUUAUGUUAUGUGUGUGGUCAUUGGCGGCCUUUCGUGUCUUUCAACUCUGCUGGUGCAAUAUUAUGCAAGUGAUGAACUAGAAUCUACAAAGUACACAAAAAUUGCAUUAUCAGUCGUGGGAAAACUGGGAGUGUCCGCCGCCUACUGUAUCUUGUAUAUCUGGAGCAUCGAAAUAUUCCCAACCGUCAUCCGUAAUUUCUGUUUGGGUGUGGGAGCCGUGUUCGCUGGCGUCGGAUCAAUCUUGUCUCCCAUCAUUGUAAGAGACCUGAAGGUAGAGAGUAUAGGAAAGGACACUUUGCCACUUGUAAUAUUCUGA